GUGACUCCCUCCCAAGAGACGGACCCAAAACAAACGAAACCAUUCCACAGCCGCACGAAUCUCAAACAUGCUUCCCUCUUCCAUCGGACGAAACAUGGUGUCGAUGGCGGCCCAGUUUGAUUGAACCCUCGCUCGCGCCGCCACCCUCCGCACCUGCAGCGGCGGCGGCGGCCCCCACCCCACCAUGCCCAUCUCCGCCCCCAACACCACUCCACGCCCAACUUCGACCUCCUCCAUUGUUUUCAUUGUUAUGUUCAGGAGAUCCUCUUCCAUCCUCCUCCUCGUCAACCCCGCCCAUCACCUCCGAUCUGCCACUCCAACCUCUUCCCUCUAUCCCACCCACUCCUCUAAGCCCAUUUGCAGCAGCGCUGGUCGCAUAGCCGACUUGUUAGAGAUACUGGCUCCUCUCGAUCACGUCUUCCGCGGCGACUUCCAUGUCAAAGGCUACGUCAAUUCGCUCAGGAAAUGCCUGCGAUCCGGGGAUCAUCGCAUGGUGAGCUCGCUUCAUGCUCGUUUGAUUACACGCGGAUUCGACUCGGAUCUUCUCUUGUGCAAUGUCUUGAUGGAUAUGUACGCAAAAGUUGGGCUGAUGGGCUGUUCCGCCAAACUGUUUGAUGGAAUGACCGAAAGAGAUUUGAUCUCUUGGUGCACCCUCAUCUCUGGCUUCGUGCGUUGUGGCUGCAUUUUAGAGGCCUACGGUGCGUUCCGGCUGAUGCAGAGGGCCGGUUGGUGUCCCAACCAUUUCGUGAUAUCUUCGGUUCUGAAUGCAUGCUCGGCAUCUGGAAUUCUCGAAAUGGGCGUCCUCGUCCAUGGAUUGGUCAUCAAGAGGGGAUUAGGGCUUGAUAGGUUUGUGGAGGUCGGGCUUGUUGGUGUUUAUGCUAAAUGUGGGGAUUUGGAUGAUGCAUUGAAGGUGUUCUAUGAAAUUCCGGUGAAGACCCCAGUUGCUUGGAAUGCUAUGAUUUCGGGCUAUUUUUUUAAUGGAUUCCUUAUUCAUGCACUGGAGCUCUGCAGGGACAUGUGUCGUGUUGGGUUUGUUAUGGAGUUAGUGACCUUGAGAGUUGUGACAGCUGCCGCAUCAGCUCUGCAAAUUUUGGAGCUUUGCCGGAACCUUCAUGUUUACUCCAUAAAAGUUGGUAAGGAUGCUGACAGCUUUGUGGUAGCUGAGCUUGUCAAGUUACUCACGGCGCUCGGGGAAGUGGAUUACAUUCGCAAGCUUCAUAGAAAGAUUAGAAAGCCAGAUGCAUCUUUGUAUUCCUUACUAAUUUCAGGAUACCAUUUGCAUGGUUACAGAGAAGAGGCCGUGAAUCUAGCAGAGGAACUUCUUAACUUGAACGUGAGUCUUAAUGAAGGAGCCUUAGUUGCUAUUCUUAACCUGUGCUCUUGCAAGGAGGAUGGCACCCAGAUCCAUGCAAAUUUCUUGAAAUCCGGACACCUGUCUUGUCUUCCAGUGGGCAAUUCUUUAAUUUCAAUGUACACCAAGUUUGGCGACAUGGUGAAUGCACAUAUAACAUUCAAUAGCAUGCGAAUACAUGAUGUUGUCUCAUGGACUGCAAUCAUCGCAGGCCUCAUUCAGAACUUGCAGUUUGCAGAAGCUAUUGAGGUUUUCUGUGCUUUUAGGACAAGCGGUAUUCUUUUGGACCAGCAUUCUGUGGUAACUGUUGUUAAUGCCUGCACUGGCCUUCGAGAUGUAGACAAGGGCAAGCAGAUUCAUUGUCUGGCUCUAAAGCUUGGAUUUGAACUUUCCAUCUUUACAAGUGCAUCUAUGAUCAACAUGUAUGCUAAAUGUGGCAACAUCAACAGUGCUGUUAGGCUUUUCUCCUGCAUAUCCUUGCCACAUAGUCUAAUUCUGAUAAAUGUCAUGCUUGCUGGGUACUGCUGGAACUUUCAACCAGAAAAAGCUAUUGACCUUUUUGUAAGGGAGCAUCGCUUGGGGUUUGUUCCUGAUCAGUUCAGCUAUUCUACUAUUCUUAGUGCUUGUGCAGAUAUGCAGUUGAGGAGGGUGGGUGAGCAAAUUCAUUGUUGUAUAGCCAAGAGCGGAUUUUUCUCAGAUGUUGUCACCGGAAAUGCUCUUAUAAACCUUUAUGUCAAAUGUGGGUGCAUGGCCAGUGCUUGCAAAUUCUUUUACAAUAUGAAAAGUUGGAAUCCUUAUUCAUAUGCGAUUUUAGUGCUUGGUUACGUAGAAAAUAGAGGAAGCACUGCAGCACACCAAGUGUUAUUUCAGAUGCAGCAAAGUGGUUUGCAUGUGAAGCCAGUGUCCUUUGGCAAAAUUCUAAGGAGCUGUACUGAUUCUGCAGCAAUUGAUCUUGGAAGACAAAUACAUGCCUCCAUAGUGAAGAUGGGUCUGGAUUCAGAUGUUGACAUGGGAAAUGCAUUAGUUGGAGUGUCUGCAGAAUCUGAAAAGACCCAUAUUUUCAGGGAGGUUACUGAUGAUAUGUCAGUAAGAGAAGAGGGGAUGCCAGAUUAUGUGUUCGCUGGGUGUCCGGAGGAUGCCAUUGUUAGAGGAAAGAAUCUUAAAGCUUUUGGACUGUAUAAACUGGAAAAGGUAAAGAAAGGUACCUAUUCUUACGAAUGUUUGGUGAAUUCCUACCUGAGUGCAUUUGCUACUUGUGAAAUGUAUCAAAAUUCUGCCCUUCCACAUUUGGACGAUGAACAUACAAAGUACAGGAUACACGAUAAUUCUUCAGAUAUGAUUGAAGAUAUCUUAGAAAGCAGAGUGUUACUACCAAACUCCAGUGAUAAUGCAUAUGCCAAAAAAGUACAUCGACCAAGUGAGCUACAUGAAUUGAUAAAUUUGGAAAAAGUUUGGGACAAUGCUCUUAUACUGGUCUUGUUAGGUAACAGCAAGUUGAGUCUUUUGGAUGAAAGAAUGGAUUAUUUCAAGCCAGUCAACCGAUCAUCGGAUGGUGCAAGUGGAAAUAUACUAUGCAUUCCUGUUUGAAUAAGAGAGCCAUAUUAGGCAGAUGCAACAGGAGAAUUCAGUGAUCGCAUAUGUACCAGAGUCACUGAUUCUGCUUGGGUUCAGAAUUAUUUUGGCUUUAUGCUACAGCGAUGGGAAUAUGGAGCUGUAACAAGAAGCAUGGCAAGGUAACUAUAUGCGAUGGAAACUGAGUCAUCCAGUCUUAGUUCCCUAAUAUUCCAACUUUGUGAGGUAGAUGAUCCAAACUGGAGGUGAAGGGUCAGCAGUGCAAGGAUACAGAGGAUCUCAUUUAUAAUUGUGUAUGGAGAAAAUGAGAUGACGAUUUUGUUGCACAGAAAGAAGAAAGUGUAGAAGCUAUCUAUCUUUUCAGAAAGGCAGAAAAUAAGUUUCUGCUUGCAUUUAUUGUUCAUCCAAGUGAAUUUGGAAGGAAUUGGUUGUUUUUCCAAGUUCAGCUGGUGCCAGAAACUCCGUUGCUUUAACCUUUUUUGUGAUGCAGCAUUUGGGCUAAUUCACUGCUUCAUGAAGGAGAUACAUUUGAUAAACUAUACAAACUCUCAGCUUCUAUUGAUUAAACUAUACAUUUGUGCCCAAAGAAGUCUCCUUAGAGAGACCCAAAAGUAAUCAUGAAAAAGUUCACUGCAGCACAGGUGCAGCAUAUGUGGAUUUUAACAAUCAGCCAUUGCAUGCCUAAUCAUGUGAAAAUCUCUGAAGGGACUGAAGAGGCAGAUCAGUUCAAGAUUCUCCAGUAUUUGUCCUUAUAAAAUCACAAAAAAAAAGAAAGAUUGGGUCUCAGAAAAACAACAGCAACUAUGGAUCAAAAGCAGCUCAAUUGGAGGCUUUUCAGGUUGAAGAGUCAUGUUGCAGUGAAGAAAAAGUGAGGUGCAAGUUGUAAAUCCAGACAUAUAAGCUAUCUUGUAAUUGUUAAGGACGAUAAAUUUAGUAGUUCAUAGGCUGCAUGCAAAUCGUUUUUGAGUGUCUAAUUCCAUUUUGUGCCAACUAUUCUCUAUCAUUUCUUUCAUUUAUUUAUCAUAUUCUUUUUUAAUUCA